UACUAGUGUCGACCCUUUUUUUUUGAACACUUUUAUUAUAUUCCAGCAUCUUCAACCACCCAUCUCGAUAACCCCCCCGCCCUCGCUAGACAUUUUUGGGGCUUUUGUAAUACGAUGACGUCCGGUCCGAAUUCCAACGCCACCCCCCGGCCGGCUAAGGUCUGCGUCUAUUGCGGCUCAUCGCCCGGAAAUAGCCCGGUCUAUAUUAAAGCAGCCCAAGAACUAGGCAGGUUAAUGGCAGAGAACAAUAUCUCUUUAGUAUACGGAGGUGGUACAGUAGGCUUGAUGGGAGAAGUAGCCAAGGCGAUAGUGUCCAUAUCAGGCCCCGAUGCUGUCCACGGUAUCAUCCCAGAAGCGUUAGUUAAGUGGGAGCGAGACGCGACGUAUUCGACAACUACGGAUGCCAACGGCUACCAUGUUCCGGAGGAGCAAAUUUACGGCCGAACGACCGUUGUUAAAGACAUGCAUACACGAAAGCAGAUGAUGGCGAGAGAAGUAAUCGAAGGGGGGCCAGGAAGCGGCUUUAUCGCGCUCCCCGGCGGUUAUGGUACAAUGGAAGAGCUGCUCGAGACAGCGACAUGGAACCAGCUCGGUAUCCAUGACAAGGGUGUCUGCUUACUGAAUAUUAACGGAUUCUACGACGGCCUGAUGCAAUGGAUCAAGACAGCCGUCGGUGAGGGUUUCGUUAAGGGAGGCAAUGCCAAUAUUUUGGUUACUGCAAACGACGCGGAGAGUGCGCUCAAGGCCUUACGGGAAUACAAGAUCUCGGACGCGCGGUAUGGCUUAGAUUGGGGUAGCGAAUAAAGGGGGGACCAUUGCAUUAGAAGCAUUGCGAGAGAGCCGUAUAUUGAUAUCUAGCACAGAAUUUACCGGCAUUUAUUAAGAUAACGCCACCUCCUCCGCGCAAUGCGAAACUGGUGUAUCCGAUCUGUGCGACCUUGGACAAGAUUCGAGAUGGCAAGCUGCUCGGCUUCCCAUGUCGGAUCUACGAAUGUAGAAAAAAGUAUCAUACCAGGUACCUAACCUAAUGCAUAAUAUACAUACUACACGUCUUAAGGUAUUUUUAUCCGUACCUAUUCAUGGAAUUUGAAAUACGUGCGUUGCUUUCAGUUCACUUUCCUGCUUGAGGACUUACAAGGUACAUGGCAAUAUCUUAAUAUAUCGGGCUAUGGCGUAACGAUUGGUUCCGGAUUGAGCUCCGAAAACGCUGCACAAAAUAAAAUCAAUUAUACCCGUCCAUCAAUGGGUAAACUUUACUUGUGAUUUGAGCUUUUGAACUUUAAACGAU